AGCGGAAAAGACUCUCCAUAUUGUCUGCAUCAUGGCAUAUUUUUGAGUGUACCAACUGAGCUGUGCGAUAAUGGACUGCCCCUUUUAGCUAAAUUAAAUAAUUGGUGAUAUGCGUACAGCAGCCUACUCUUUAUAACCUACAUUAUACAUUCAACUCCAACAUCGAUUAAUAUAUAAAAGCAAACUAAUGAAAGUUACUUAUGCGUUAGCUCAGUUAAUGGAAAUUAACUGAUAGGCUAUUUGAUUAUCAUAAUGCAACAAUAAUAUAUAGCUGAUGCAAAUACCUAUUAUUAUUAGGCUCUGAUUAUUAGACUAUUAUUAUUAACAAUGUUUUUUGCUGAUUACUAUAGUGAGUUUCUCAUGUUUUCAAAUAGGUUAUCUAACAGGUUUUCAAAUGAAAAUGCAUAAUUUCAGUUUAAAAAAUGAAAUAAGCCUAGGCAUUGUCGAGCUCUGAAAAUGUCGUGUGCGUGUGUGUGUGUUUAUUCUUGUUUUCAUAAUCUUAAAUGUGAAAAUAACAAGAUUUAUCACUAUUACGCAUUUGUCCACUUAGUGCGGUGCGCUAUGAGGGACCAUUAACUAGGAACCGAUCUUACCACCGACGUUCUCAUCGGGACUAUUUAAAUGUGACACAUUUUACCACUUGUGUGAACUGUUAUUAAGAGAUAUUGAUAACUUGCUAGUUCAUUGUUGACAUCUAUUUUCUGUGCUUUGUAGAGAUGCAAGACAGCAAAAUACAGGAAUCAGUCCCUGAAAUGAAUGGUGAAUGUUUGUGGCCACACGCUAUGUGAGAGCUGUGUGGACAUGCUUGUGAGAGCUGUGUGGACAUGCUGUUUGUGAGUGGCUCGAGGAACUGUGUGCAGUGUGGCACGCCCCCGAGGAAGAGUAACUUCCGCAUGCAGCUCUUCAAAGACCCAGCCAUCGACAAGGAGGUGGAGAUCCGCAAGAAGGUGCUCAAGAUGUGAUUGAGGUGCACGGGGGAGAAGGUUAGAACGAGAGACUUUGACUUCUCCAGCCUGAGAGAAUACAAUGACUAUUUGGAGCAAGUGGAGGAGAUCGGUUGUGCCGAAUCCGAUUUCCAGUAUCUGCCCUAGAUCAAUUGAAGGGAAGUCUGUGCUAGUGUCUUGGAGGGCUGCCCUGCACUCUGCUCCAGUCUAUAACCUGACCAACAACCUUGAGGUGGAGGGCACCAAACACAUCAUGGAGGCGUACCAGAGAGAGAAUAGAGACAUCAUCCAGAAGAACAAGGCCAAGCUGAUGCGAGAGCAGGAGGCGCUGCUGUCGUUGGAGGAGCUGUUGUUGGAGGACAUGCUGUUGGAGGAGCUGCUGUUGUUGGAGGAGCAGGGGAACGAGUAUCGCAGGCUGGAGGAUUUCCAGGAGGAACAGAGACAGCUACAGGCCAAGAGGAAGAGCAAGCAGGCUCUACUAGAUAAACUGAACGCUCUCAUGUCCCCACCACCAUCCUGCUGGCCCAACACAAGGACCGGGCUGCCCAGCUGGAGACCCAGAUUGAGAAGCAGAAACAGGUGGUCAAAACCACCAUCUUCUCCACCGGCAUCCCUAUGGUAUCUGAACCACGUGCGCAUUGCCCAGCCCCAGGACAUGGCUGGAGGAUACAACUCAGGACUUGUGUGUCAUUGAGCCAUCCAGGAUGCCGUUACUGGACUGACCCAGAAACUCAGAAAUAUGAAGCUGUCAAUUAUCACAGGAUUCAAAUUACCCCCCUGUUUUACAUUGUGGAGGGAGCUAUGGACAGUGUACUUCGGUCUGAAGUCAGAUCAGGAUGUAUAUGUUGCCAUUUUUGUAUGAUCUUAUUUUUUUAUUAAAAAAACAAAAACACAAUGAAGCUCAUUGUUGGAUAAGAAAACUAUUGAAACAAUGCCUAUUUGUGGGACCUGGAUAAUGGACCAGUAUUUCAAAUACAGUCAACACAUACCUGUUUAUGUUCUUUUUAGGUCAAGGCAUAACCAUGAUUUAGAUCAUGUCAGCCUUAUUGACACUAUUAUAAAAUAACAUGAACAGAGUUCAAAGAUCAAAAAUAAAAUUCAAGGUCUCAGAAUGAGCUCCUUGGUAAAAUAUAUUCAA